AGCCGGUAGGUCAAAGUUUUUGCAGGGUGGAGUCACCCCAACUGAUGACUCCACCUGUUUCCUCCAGCCUUGAUAUAAAGUGGACUGGUUUGAUAGAGAAGACACGGCAUCACUUUCUCAGACAGAAGAAUCUCGAGGUUCACAGAGACCAGGAACCAUGAACAGAAACUCUCUCAGCACUGACCAGGAGUUGCGUGCUGGUGACUACCUGAUGAGUAACAAUGGAAUCUACAAGGCCGUCCUGCAGACUGAUGGUAACUUUGUGGUCUAUGGUUGGGCCCCUCUCUGGGCUUCCAACACCUGGAACAAAGACUCCUACCGUCUGCUUCUGCAACAAGACAACAACCUGGUCAUCUACGACAAAGAGAACCAACCACUCUGGGCCAGUAAUACCCACUCAUCACGUGACAGUCAGAGGAUGCUUCUGACCAUGCAGGAGGAUGGCCGUCUGGUUCUCUACAACGAUGGAAAGGAGAUCUGGAGUGUUGGAAAGUGAAAAAUAAUGUGACAACACAUGUGAUGUGUGUACGAAGUUUGAAAUAAAAAAGAUCUAGAGAGAUCUCUUAAGACUCA